CAUCAAAUAAAAGCGGUACAAAGCUCCAAGUUGAUUCAGCCAAGCCGGGAUAGUUUCACGGAUUUUCAACCUGUUGCCGAAAUUUCCUUUUACUUCGCAAUUCCAGAGAGUAGCAAAAACUACACUUUAAAAUCUAGGCUGGUGUUUUUCUGAUUUUUUUUUAAAGAUGCUGAGUGCAUCACUGAUUCUUCUGUACCUCAUAACGGGAGGGUUAAACUAUUCUGUGGACAGUUUGCAACAUCCAACAUUUCCGUAUCGCCUGCUACUCGUUCCCGAGGGACGGGGCAGUGACCGAGCGGCCGAGCUGUUCUGGGCCGUCGAUUUUGACACGGAGACGGUCGACUUCAGAUUGAGCGUACCGCUGAGGCACAACCACCGGUUGAGGAAGAACGGAGAAUGGUUCGCGUUCGGCUUGUCCCCAGACGGGACGCUGGUAAAUGCAGAUCUUGCGGUGUUUUGGUUUCCAUACGGGAAGCCUAAGCUGACGGAAGCGUACACGGACGAUAAGGGGGCGGUGUACAAGGAUGGGAACACUCGUGACUAUAUCCUCCUGGAUUGGAGGAUUGUACCAGGAGGGGGCGGGGAUGACGAAUCCCCCACCAACCUGGAGGUUGAGUUCAGGAGAAAGUUCGACACUUGUGAUCGUCGUGAUUAUCGUAUUGAGAGUGGUACGGUGGACUUGUUUUAUCUACGGGGGAACCACUCCACUCUUUCAUCUGGGUACAUCGACCCGAGUAAAGCGGAGAUUGCUAACCAGCGUGCUCAGCUUCUUAGGAGCACGAGACGUGCACCCCCGCUGCCAUCCACUGUCAAGACGGCAGAUAUCACUAUGCACAACACAGAGGCACCUAAUCAGGUUACCACGUACUGGUGCAGAGUGCAGAAAUUCCCGGAUGCUGUGGAGAAUCAUCACAUAAUUCAGUACGAAUCGGUAAUUACCCCUGGCAAUGAGGACAUCGUGCAUCACAUGGAGGUCUUCCACUGUAUUCUUCCCGAGGGAGUCGAGGUACCAGACUACAAUGGCGAGUGUGAGGACGAGGACCAGCCUCCUGAGCUAGAGCCUUGCAAGAGGGUGAUUGGUGCAUGGGCCAUGGGAGCACCGGCCUUCUCAUACCCGGAAGAGGCAGGCGUCCCAAUCGGUGGGUCUGGUAUCUCAUCGUACGUCAUGCUACAAGUCCACUACAACAAUCCGAGCAUCAGAGAAGGAGUUGUGGACAGCUCUGGUAUCCGCUUUCGCUACACCUCCUCACUAAGACCUCACGAUGCCGGUAUCCUAGAAGUUGGUGCUACCUACUCACCAAACCUGUCAGUACCUCCCACGUCCGAUGGAUUCUACUUGACAGGAUACUGUACACCAGACUGCACUGACAAGGGAAUCCCAGACCAAGGUAUCCGCGUGUUUGCCUCACAGCUACACACUCACCUAAGCGGUACGGCGGUGUGGACCAAGCACAUCCGUAACGGCGUCGAGAUACAAGAACUCAACAGAGAUGAUCACUACAGCUCAAUGUUUCAGGAAAUUCGAUUGCUUCAACAAGACGUCGUUGUACUUCCGGGAGAUACUCUGAUAACGACUUGUAGAUACGAUACAUCGUCCAGGCCUAAUGUUACACUGGGCGGGUUUGGUAUUCAAGAUGAGAUGUGCGUGAACUACAUGCAUUACUACCCCACGAUGGGUCUUGAGGUAUGCAAGAGCACUGUCGCCAAGACGGCUCUGAAGACGUUCUUCAAGUUCGUCGAUGGCAGAGCUGGGGACAAACCUUAUGACGUCACUCUGACAUCGCCCUCAGCGGUGGCCGGACGAUUUCGGGACGUGACCUGGACGCCGAGUGUGAAGUUGCUAUGGCAAUACGUCAUCAACCAGGCGCCAAUAGACAUCGAGUGCCUGCAGUCAUCAGGCCGACCAUUCCAUGGCACGUGGAAGGACCAACUUCCCCCUGGUGUCAAGUUUCCUUUGCCGAGGAGGAGACGGAAAUGCCCCACGAGGAGGCUUCAUCCGUUCCUUAAGAAACUUCCAUGAAUGACUUCCGAGUAAAACA